GCGGCUCACUCGUUCGCCGUUUCAGUGCAUAGUAUUUGCAACAAAUCAUACGAUGACGAUGCCUUUGAUACGCUAAAGAGGUUAUUCGACAUCAGUGACGAAGAACAGAAACCGAUAUUGGUCGAUGCCCAAGACAAAUGGGGCUGGACACCACUGCACAUCGCUGUGCACAGGAAACAAGCACGCUUGAUCAGAUUGCUGCUGAAUAGAGGCGCCAAUCCGAACACAGCCAAUGCGAAAGGAGAGACUCCAUUGCACAAGAUUUGCGAGUUAUGUGAAAUUGAGACAAUCGCAGUGGUGAAUAUGUGUAUGAUCCCGUUCCGCGAAGUCAAAGAGCGGGUACAGGCCGACAUUCGGGACAACAAGGGUAACGCACCGUUGCACAUAGCUUUGGACGAAGGAUACAAAAACUUGAUCGAGUGGCUUCUGAGGAUCGGCGCCGAUCCCAAUUGCGCCAACAAGAACGGAGAGACUGCACUACAUAUCAUUAUCGAUCGCCACACUGGUUCUCUUUACGAUAAGGAAUUGGUAGAAGAAUUCUUCAAAAUCGUCGACGACGAACGGCUGACGUUGCAGAUCGACGUAAAGAAUAAUUCAGGCCGGACGCCGCUUCAAUGUGCCGCAGCGAAUCUUCUGCCCGAGGUGGUCGGUGUACUCUUGGAUCGUGGCGCUGAUCUGGCCAACUUCGUUUUUCCUACUUUGUGCGGGGAAUUCGGAAAGGAUCCGGAGUGGAAAUUAACGGCGCCCUGUAGAGCUGUGGGCGUCGUCGAACAGUUGAAAGGAAGAGGAUACGAACUGGAUCGAAGCCAUGCUAUGAUGAUUAUGAAAUUUCUCUGUCGGCUAAGAUUGUUCGUGCGGUCGGUGGCUGGACAAAAAGGAUGGUACGAUGACAGCAAAGCAAAAAACAUAAUGGUAAAAUCGGAUCUGUCUCUUCACGACCUGGCUCACUUACGACCUGAAGAGGUGGCAAAACUACUCAAUUAUAAAGAUUGUUUGGACCUCGUAACCUCGGAACAAUUUCGCAAACUUCCCCAUAGAUCUAGAAAGGCUUAUACCGUGUACCUUGGCGAGAUAACAGCGAGAAGAUUUUUCCUGCGGUGGGCGCUGGAUCCUUUUAUGGAGUUGAUACACUAUCGAUUACCGCAUCUCUGCUGUGAUAUGAUCAUCGAGAAUCUGGAAAACAAAGAUUUAUAUAAUAUUUGCUUGGCUCGUUCGUAA